CUUAUAUACUAUAUCCAUAUUCACUCUUUGUAAUGUUGUUUUGGGUUUUUAACUUUACAUUGUUUCCUCAGGAAUGAUUAAUCAUCUUAAAAUAGUGAGGACAGUAAACAACAGAUUGCCAUAUUUAUCAUUUGGAUGCUGCUAAUUGGCAUUCAUAUGUGUUGUCAUGUGGUAUACAGCAGUGGUGGUGACUCCAACUCAUGCGUCACAAUGGAAGAAAGGGAAAAUGUGGAGGGGAGUGUGCCUACUAAUCCCUCUCAGCUCUCUCCAUCAUCUUAUGUGGAGAAACCAUCUUCCGCAUCAGAAACAGUGAACCCCCCAUUGGUCAAUAUAGACAUUGAGGAUCAGAACUCAAUGUUAAAACAAUCUGUAUUAGAGAUAUCAGCUUCACAAGCUCCCUCUGGUCCAGAUUCAGUGGUGUCAAAGCCAAGUACAGAGGUUCUUGAGCAAGAAGUUAAGGAUGCCAAAACUACUCAAUCAAGUGUACAUAGUGUUUUAUUGCCCCAUCCCUUGGACAGUGAAAAAACAGAGGCAAAGAAUCGGAACACAGAUUCUUUUUCUUCACAAGCUCCCUCUGGUCCAGAUUCAGUUGUGUCAAAGCCCAGUGCAGAGGUUCUUGAGCAAGAAGUCGAGGAUGCCAAAACUACUCAAUCAAGUGUACAUAGCAUUUUAUUGCCCCAUCCCUUGGACAGUGAAAGAACAGAGGCAAAGAAUUGGAACACAGAUAUAAAAGUGUCUGUAUUAGAGGUAUCAGCUUCAAGUGCUUCCUUGGAAUCAGAUUCAGUUGUUUCGAAGCCAAAAUUAGAGGAAUCAAAACAAGCAGUUGAGGAUGCCAGAACUCGAGAAUCACUUGUACAUGAUAGCUCAUUACCCCAUUCCUUGGAUGAUAAAAGUGAUGAGACCAGCGAAAUUUCAGUUCAGCUUGGAAAGGAUGAUGGCAAGCUUCAUAUUGAUGGUGUUAUAAGUAUUGAUAUUUCCAAUGAUACAAGUGCCACCAAGGAUUCUGUGCAUACAGUGUCUGGUCAGCCUUUGGCAGAUGUGUCUGUCAUAAAGAAUCAAAUACAAGAGCACACUACUCUGCCCUCUGAGAAUGUAAAACAGAGUGAUCAAGUUUUGUACAGAGGCCUUGUUGAUACCCGAGCUCCCUUUGAAUCUGUGAAAGAGGCCGUCACCAUGUUUGGAGGAAUCAUCGAUUGGAAGGCCCAUAAGAUUCAGACCAUGGAGAGGCGUAGGCUUGUUGAGCUCGAACUGGAGAAAGUGCAGAAGGAGCUUCCUGAGUGGAAGAAGCAACUGGAUAUUGCAGAAGAAGCAAAAGCAAGCAUUUUGCAGGAGCUUGACAGCACCAAGAAGCUCAUAGAAGAACUCAGGCUCAAUCUUGAAAAAGCACAGACUGAAGAGGAGCAAGCCAAACAGGAUGCCGAGCUCGCCCAACUUAGGGUCAAGGAGUUGGAGCAAGGGAUCACAGAGGAGGCAAGUGUGGCCUCCAAAGCACAAUUGGACGUUGCGAAAGCAAGGUAUGCAAGUGCAGUUGCAGACUUGAAAUCAGCAAAAGAUGAGCUCGAAACUCUUCGAAAAGAAUAUGUUUCAUUGCUCAAAGAGAGGGAUGACGCUAUUAAGAAAGCAGAGGAGGCUACAUCUUCUUCCAAGGAGAUAGAGAAGACUGUGGAAGAGCUGACCUUAGAACUUAUUGCAACCAAAGAGUCCCUAGAGUCUGUGCACACAUUGCAUUUGGAGGUGGAGGAGCAGAGAGUGGCUGCUGCCAUGGCUAGAGAGAGGGAGUCAAGGAAAUGGGAAACUGAAAUUAAGCAGGCAGAGAGAGAGCUAGAGAGACUCAACGAGGAGUUAUUAUCCUCGAAAGAUAUCCAUUUGAAAUUAGAGACCGCUACAUCUCUCCUAUUGAGCCUGAAAGCCGAGCUAGCUGCUUAUAUGCAAGCCAGGCUCAAGUCUGAAAAAGAGACUUCUGAACCGGAAGAAGGUUCAAGAUCUGAACGAGAGGGGUCAGAGAAGGUUCAAACUGAUGUACUUGCAUCAAUUGCUUCAACCCAAACAGAGCUCGAAGAAGUAAGAGGUAGUAUUGAGAAGGCUAAGGACGAUGUUCAGAUACUGAAAGUUGCGGCCACGUCUCUCAAAGCUGAUCUAGAGAGAGAAAAGGCGGCACUCACUAGCAUGAGGCAAAGGGAAGGGAUGGCAUCAGUGGCAAUUGCAGCUCUUGAAGCUGAACUGGACAGGGUGAAAUCGGAGGUGGGGUUGGUGCAGGAGAGAGAAAAGCAGGCUAGAGAGAGGAUGUUGGAGCUCCCAAAGGAGCUUCAGAGAACUGCUAUGGAGGCAGACCAGGCCAAGGCUGAGGCCCAAUUGGCUCGUGAGGGUUUGAGGAAAGUUACAGAACUGUCAGAACAGGCUAAGGCCAGCGCAAGUACAAUAGAGAGCAGGCUCCAAGCCGCUAUCAAGGAAAUAGAGGCAGCAAAAGCUUCCGAGAAGCUUGCUUUGGCAGCCAUUAAAGCGUUGCAUGAGAGUGAGGCUGGUGGGGAACCCCUGAAUGAGACUGGUGUAACUCUUUCUCUAGAGGAGUACUAUGAGCUCAGUAAGAGAGCACACGAGGCAGAGGAGCAAGCGAACACCAGAGUGGCAAUUGCUGUCUCCCAGAUAGAUGUAGCCAAGGAGGCAGAGUUGAAGAGUUUAGAGAUAUUGGAAGAAGCCAACAAGGAGUUAAGAGAGAGAAAGGAGGCACUGGAAGUGGCUUUAGAGAAGGCAGAGAGGGCAAAAGAAGGGAAGCUGGGGGUUGAGCAAGAGCUACGGAAGUGGAGGGCUGACCAUGAACAACGUAGGAAAGCAAGUGAUUCCCAAAAUGCACAGUGGAUUGGUAGCAAUCAAAGGGUUGUGGAGGAGAGGAAGGAAUCAAAGGCCUCAUUUGAGAAUUUGGGGAACGAAGCGGUAUCUUUCGAACAGAAGGUUUUGACAUCCGAUAGCGAUUUGGAGGGUAUUGGGGCACCUAAAUCGAAGUCGAAGAAGAAGAGGUCUUUUUUCCCUCGGAUUGUCACGUUAUUAUCAAGAAGAAGGAACAGCAACUGAAACAAGGUGAGGGUGUGUGCUUAUUGUAACGUUUACUUAUUUUAAUUAAUUGUUACCUUUCCUUUUUGUUUUUUUAUUUUUUUCUCUUGCAUUUGUUGGUUGGGAAGAGAUCAGAGGUGUAGUGUAUUUGCCAUUGAGAGUUUCAAGUUGCUUUGGCGAGUUUUAUGUGCAUAUUUGUAUGUGGUUGUGAUGUAUGAUAACUGCUGGGCAUUGUCCUCAAGUUGGGUUGUUGAAGAAUAAAGCGUUAACAUUUCAUUCUCCAC